AUUUCUUGGUUCUAUUCUUCUUCAGGAGCUACAAAGCCUGGCGAUAAGGCUCCGUGAGGACCUGGUGUCGUUACGGACGUCCGCCGAUCACAUGGAGGAGAAGCUGAAGGCGGAGAUCCUGUUCCUGAAGGAGCAGAUCCAAGCGGAGCAGUGUCUGAAGGAGAACCUGGAGGACACGCUGCAGCUGGAGAUCGAGGGCUGUAAGGAGGAGAUCGCGUCUUUCUCCAGUCUGAAGACGGAGCUGGAGCGGAUAAAGGCGGAGAAGCAACAGUUGCAGAGCAGUCUAGCAGAGAAGACAGAAACACUGUCGAGCAUCCAGAGCCGGAGGAGCAGCCUGGAGCAGCAGCUCAAAGAUCUCACCGCUGCAAAGAGUGCACUAGAGAGUCAGGUGUUUGACGAGAAGGACAAAGCUCAGCGGCUGCAGACGGAGCUGGACGUCAGCGAGCAGGUUCAGAAGGACUUUGUCAAACUUUCUCAGACUCUUCAGGUACAGUUGGAGCGAAUACGACAGGCAGAGUCCCUGGAUCGAAUCAAAGUCAUCCUCAACGACACCAACUUGACUGACAUCAACCAGCUCCCAGAGACAUGAUACCACUGAGUGAAGACUGCCUUCAGUUUCACCCCCCCCCCCUCUCUCUUAUCACUGGCCCAGUAACAUUAUUGAUCUGACCCUCCCUCCUCCUCCCCCUCCCCCUCCUCCUCCUCCUCCUCCUCCCCCUUAACCACAGAGGAAGAGUUAGGAGGCACAAGAACGGACACGGCACAAGGAGCCCUUUGUGUACAUUAAGAGUCUUUGAACAUAAAAGAAUAAUGAAGAAGAACACUACUAAAAAAAAAUGAUGUAAAUAACUAAAUGUGUGACUCUGGACGGAGGAGAGGACGCCUGUCUGUGUCUUGUUUCUACUGUAGAUAUGACUGUCUGUAUUAGCUCAACCAAAAAGGUUUGUCGUCCUCUAAAAAGCACUUUUCAUCUGCGACUUCUAUUUCCAGGUCAUUUUAAAAAACGAUUGGAUGCAUCUCUUUUCUUCCCUCUGUUCUCAAAAAAUGGUUAAUAAUCGCUUCCUUGUUCCACUUGCUUGUUCUUUUCCCCCCCGUGUCCCUCCACCCUUUUCUGUCUGUCCUCUGUGACAUUUUCCACUUCCAAACUGUUUACUUCUGCCUGUGACAAAGACGCACUGAAGGAAAUUCAUGGGAAAAAAAAAUACUUGCACAUAACGUAACUGGGAUAAAAAAAAAAGGAACAUAACACAAUUUGAGCAAUAUUCUCCAUUUCUUAAUCAACCUUGACUGUAUCUUUGCUUUGUUCUUAAUGUCUGACAGAAUCCUCGUUUCAUUUUUAAAAGCUGCAAAAAAUACAGUGAAGAAUCAUUCAGUCA